AUGGUUUCUAAGAUAGUGUGCUUCUUUACGGUCAUUAUAGCAAUUAUUUUUGUAACAGCAACCGCGAAACCAUCAGGCCACGUAGAGAAUGGUGAGUAGAAUAAAUUGUCAGGACGAACACACUAACUCACGUGCAGUGUUUAGUAAAAUUGACGCUCAAGACCUAAUUUAUUUUAAAAUCAUGUGAGUUUGUAGCACAACCUUUUACGGGUAAAGGAACCAAGACGAGAUUUUGAACUUGAUUGGCACUGAAAACACUCGCUCGUUGUGGGUAAUAUCCUCGUUUAUUUAUUGCUUGAUUUAAGUGAUCACAGAAUAGAAAGUAUGACUUGAAAUAUGGAUUGAAAUUGGUGGGACUGUCGCUUAACUAGACUUUCAAAAAAGUCCUUCGUCGGAUUUCAUAUGACUUCUCGCGACUUCGUCGCUCGCAGUCGGCCGAUUCGUGGCCAAAAAAGCUCGCUCCGCUCGCCAAGAGGUCGACUUGUAGCAAGUCUAUCGCUUAACAGGCAAACGGAUGAUGAUAUACUCUGUUAUUGGUUUGUUCUACUGAUUCUCUGAAACCUGUUGUUCAGUCAUGGUACUUUACCUCAUAAUUUUUCAACAUACGGUGAAAGUAAUUAAAAUUGAAGGAAAUAAAAAAAUAAGAAACUAAAAUAAUUUGUUUUGUAAAACAAAUCCGGGAAGGGGAAGGAAGCAAUACGUGUAUUCAUGAAACGACUAGGUUUAUGUUGUGUUUUCCGGAAGUGUUUCAACAAAUUAUGGUCAAAUUAUGACCGGGAUUGUGGCUAUCUUAAAGGGUUUGAUGCUUUACAGCAGAAUCCCCGGGAUGAGAUUAAAAAUCACUCAGGGUCUUUUUAAAGAAAUAACUAUUAAAGAACUGAAUGUAUUGCAAACGGCUCAGAAACCUUCAUGUGACUCAGAUGACCCGUGUAAAAUGGCGAUCCCGUCUACAGUAGGGAACAUAAUAGGAUCCUCAAUUAGCACUUUUUAGUGGUGCUAAUUUCAAUUGUUGGCUUCACACUAGAGCUUUAAGUAUAAUGAAAGAGUGCUUGGAACCUGCUUUGAAUGUGAAGGGGUAAAAUGUACCUACUUCAACUUUACUUGGUGACCAUGGAAAAGUUUGUAGUUCAAAGACACCAAAGUUCGCCGCCAAGUAUGGGCUACACCACACUUGAUUACACACUUGUCCAAUAAGAAAUGAAAGCCAUGCGCACGAUGAGCACGUGCCGCGGUUCCAAGAUUCUAAUGAACGGAGAGAUUGAUAACUUUACUUCAAGUAAUAUACUCUGUCAACAAGUGUGAAGCCAUGUUUUCUACAGAGCAACUUAAGAUUUCCAAGUUCACUUGAAUCAAGUGCUUUAAUACUUGAAACAAACUUAGCUUCUAGUGUGAAGCCAACUAAUGCAGUGAUGAAACUCAAAAAAGAUGGGGUUUUAAUUUUUUAUCUUUUUCUUAACUAACAUUUUUGGCACUAGCCUUAACACUUAAUAGUUGUGUUAAACAAAAAUUGAAUUAUUUCUGUCUUUCCUUUUUCAGAAUUUAGGGCUUUUACUGCAGAUGAUGCUUUAGUAGGUAAUAUUGAGCAGGUUGUUGUUGUUGAGUAAUACGUAGGGUGAGGACUUUGUUCAAUUGACCCUCUUCAUUUCUAGACUUAAAUUAUAAAGAGCUUCAAUGUAGGUCUAUCUUUUGAGAUCGUGGAUCUAAUCCUUCAAAGCGACUAUUCAAAUGACGUCAUGUUAGAGUACUUUUAAACGGUUAGUAAGCAGUUAAAAUUUUUGACUCUGUGGAUGAAAUCCUGUCAUUGAAACCAGCAGUAUUUCGUAUGUUGCGACUAUUUUUUUGGGAAUUUUAAUAAGGGAAUUUAUAGGAGGACCCAUGCUAUACGUUUUACCAUAGCCGCAGGGUGAACCAAUGACAUUUUUGCUCGUCACAGAAAGACGGCUUAAUUUUCAUUCCAAAGAAAGACUAGCCUUCGCACGUAUCGUCUAGAAGCUCUAAAAAGACGGUUUAAAGGCCAAAUGGUUUCUAUUAGUGUUUUUUGUCUGACCAAUCGGGCAGUAAAUAACUUAAAUAUCUCUUUCUUCAGAUCCACAAAUUCCUCCUAGGUUAAGAAUCAACCGCCACGGCAGAAGAGGGUGAGGUCUAUACCUGUCUUAUCUCCUUUUAUCUAGCAUAACAACCAUGAAGUAAAUCGUCAGUGCCCUUGCCAAGAUGCUGAACGUUAAGCCAGGAUUCAGCCACAUUUAAGCAUAGUUUUCUAGAAAUUCAGUCUUAAACCAGUUAUUUGGUCACUGACAACAGAUUCUAGCCUGGUGGGCGUGUUCUAGAUGGGGAGUACUGUAAAAUUCAGAAAAUACGCCCCUUCAUGUAUAAGCCCCUCCAAAUAAAAGCCCCUCAAACCGAUAACGCAAAAAACCCUCCGUUAAAUCGCCCCUCCAAAUAUAAGCCGUCCGGGGGCUUGUACUUGGAAAACUGCCCUCAGAUACCAGCUAAAACAAAGGAAAAACGGUAAAUUCACUUCCAACUAUAGAACUAGCCCAAUCGAUUUUGAAACACAAAUUUCACUCCGUAGAUAAGCCCCUCCGAAUAUAAGCCCCUCCAAAAAUAAGCCCCUCAAAAAGGCCUUUGAAAAAUAUAAGCCCCGGGGCUUAUUUUCGGAAUUUUACGGUAUAUUUUGUGUUUGCUUUCUUCUUUUAGGUUUGUAAACAGUCAGGACAGUUACCCAGAACCAGCUCUUGGAGGAGACAAAGGUACAAAGUGACGUUUUACCUCAGAAUAAUCUGAGAGAAUCGGAGAGCAAAAAGUUAUUCAAAUAACAAGUACAUGAAAUGUUUACUAAUAUCCUGAAAUCUGAAAACUCUUACCCUUGGACAUCUUCAUUUAUUUACAUAAUGAAAAACAUUUAACAUUGAUCCUUUUGUAAUGACCUUGUAACUUGAGCUCUUUAUUAGCUGUAGCUUCUUGUAUUUCGCGCCAUAUAUGUAAGUGUAACUUUUUUUAUAAUUUUUGUACUUGGUAACAAUUUUUUUUGUUCUAACUACCCAUCUCGAUUAGCUAUUGCCAAUUGCGGGUAGAUACUUCUCCUCUUCCAAUUCAUAUACAUGCUCUAAUAAAUCAAGUUGUUGUUGUUGUUGUUGUUGUUGAUAACUUUAACAUUAAUCCUUUUUGUCUAGUAUAAUUUUAGGCUGAGUGGUUGGGCUGGAAUAGGUUGGGGUUGGGUUAGAAUGGAUACCUCCAAAUCAAGUUGUUAUUUUGACUAACAUUGCAUGAAAAAAAGUCUUAAAACUUAUUUAAAGGUAAUAGAAGAGGGAAAAAACAAGGGCAUGUAAGGUUUGAACCCGUAUCCAGCAAGGGCUAACACUAGAUAUUUUCAACGUACUUUUUUGCAAUGUUGUUCAUUACAUUUUUUUCAAAGCAGGGGUUAUUCAACCAAGGGUUUAAGAAUUUUUUGGUCAAAAAUGUAUUGAGGCUUACUUUAUUCAGGAAAGUAUUAUCUCUAUUACGUUGGGAAAACAAUUACAAAUCAAAACUUUGAAAUUGUUUCAGAAUACGUCGAGUACGAUACAAGAGGCAUGGAUUUUGAGGACAGUAAGUUAACAUGUAUCUAUUUAUAAUCAACUUUUCCCUCAGACGAUGGGCCAAACAACAAGGUUGAAAUUAUGGAUAAGCCAAGUUUUUUUGCUAUUAUCGGCUACCAAUGGCGAAUUAAUGCAUUUGAUAAGUAUUCCUGAGCGAUCUCGGUCUGCUUUGAAAGGAAUUUCAACUACUUUUCAAGACCAUGAGAGAGUGCUGUUUAUCGCAGGGUCAUUGACUACUAAUUUAUUUAUAAAACUGCGAUGGCCGUUUUUUAUUAAAUAAGUGAUACUUUUUAUUUAAUACCGGUAGUGUCUUCUUCACCAGAAAGUACAAAUCUCUUUGUUGCAGGUCCUCAACGGUUACGAAUGAAUCGACACGGCAAAUAGAUGAUUAAAACUUAUGGUAAGCGGUUAGCAAAUCCUUUUGAAAUCCGGCUUUGUCACCAAAAUUAUCUUGGGACAAGGUCACAUCUAAGAGAUCUUCUCUCCAUUAUUUAGCAAAUCAAGAAAUCACUGAAUUUAACGAUCAUUUUGCCUUUUGAAAGUUGAAUUGGUUUGAAUGAGCUGACAUGGUUUUGUUUGUUGAUUUGUUUGUUUGUUUCUUUCACUAGAUGUUCAGGUUCGAAGGUACAGCCAAGGAUUCUAGAAGGAUCUCUAGAUAUCUCUAUAAUAGUACUAUACACAUUUUAUUCUAAUGUACGAUGAAAUUUAAUACAAGACAUUUGUAGAUAGGUUAAAGGAAUAUUGCAAAUAAAAGUUUUCUCAGCACAGACGGCUCUGUUAUCAGGAAACUCAUGUUUAAGUCCCAGACCGUCCUCUAGUCAUUACAAAUCGGUCCAGGUUUCUCUCCAAAAGCGAAGCGUCCCUCGUUUCCUCUUUUUCCCUUCCCGUCUUCCCCGCGAGCUUUGUUUUCGCUUUCCUCAGACUCAGGCCCUUUGAAGCCAGGAACAAGCAAGAUCUUGGCAAAAAUGAGGAACUGGAAGUGGAUCAAGCAACCUAAUAUUCUGGUCUGUUUUCACCGCAUUCAACCUCGUUCUCAGGUUUCUCUCCUAUUUGUCCUCCAGAGCGAGAGAAAGAGAACCCUGGAAAUGAAGGGGGACAAGUAGGAGGGAACACUAGGAACGAGGCCUAG